ACAAAGAAAUACCAAUUUUAGCGAAUUACGAUCUCAAUGAGGAAUUCAUGAAAAUAACCAAUUAAUUGAAUUUUUACGUGAUAAGAUGUUGUUAACAAGCUUACUCUCAUCAUUACCUUUUUUCGUGAAAUCAACUCGAAUGACAACAUUAGGCUAAUGACGUUAGCAAAAAGGCAGGGGAGAACUUUGUUUACGUAUAAAGAACGUAGUUAUGCGGGGGGAAAAAUGCAUGUAACGCCGUACGAGCACAGUGAUCAUUGUCACGCAUGCCCGGGUGCGUUUUAAAUGUUAAAACCGUGCGAAUUUGUCCACAUUUAUUCGCAUCGAGAAUCGGCGAACAUUAUCCCAGCCACAGUGUUCGCAUAAGUAAUGUCCUUGCUGCGUGCCUCGCACGACUAUCAAAGUGCUAUGGCCAAGCCGUGUUACAAGCUGAGAACUUCUCUUUUCGGGCACACAUCCGACGUGAGAGCUGUGGCGACGUUCGCCGACGGAACUAUAGUUUCCACCUCGAGGGAUGAGACCGCACGUAUUUGGAAAUCAUGCGGAAAUGGGAGAGACUAUGAACACACUGCAACUUUGAAAGGACAUUCCAACUUUGUCGCAGCUGUAUGCGUUGUAAAUCCCUCUGAGCAAAAUCCGACAGGUUUUAUUAUUACUGGUAGUCAUGAUAAAACCAUACGUAUCUAUGUUCAGGACCAAAUGGAGCCCAUAAACAUUAUAAAAAGUCAUCAGGAUACCGUUUGUAAAUUGACAACUGGUACAAAGGAUGGAACGUUUUUGUCAAGUUCCUGGGACAUGAGCGCAAAGUCAUGGAGUCUAAGUGACUUAAGCAAGCCACAGUUAAAUUUGUUAGGUCAUACAGCUGCUGUAUGGUGUGUGGCAGACUUGUCAAGCGGGUCCAUUAUAACUGGAUCUGCAGAUAAGCUUGUUAUAGUAUGGACAAGCGAUGGUUCAGUACAGCAUAAGUUAACUGGGCAUACAGAUUGUGUUCGUGAUAUUUCUCCAAUAAGUGGCAAUGAAUUUUUAACUUGUGCCAAUGAUGCCACUGUACGUCAUUGGAACGUAUCUCUUGGAACUUGCUUAGGAACCUAUUGUGGCCAUGAAAAUUAUGUCUAUAACAUUUUAGCCUUAGAAAAUGGUACAAGUAUAUUUACUUGUGGUGAAGAUCGGACACUUAGGAUAUGGCAUAAUACAGAAUUAAGUCAAACUAUUACUUUACCCACUCAGUCUGUGUGGUGUCUGGCUCUACUUCCUAAUGGUGAUGUAGUUACUGGAAGUUCUGAUGGCGUCGUUAGGAUAUUUACAUGCAAUUCCGAACGAUAUGCAGAUUCGGAGACAUUGCAGGAAUUUGAGCAACAAGUAGCCAGUGUUAAGCUUAAUGCUCAACAAGAGCUAGGUGGGAUCAAAGUUAAGGAUUUACCAGAUACAAAAGCCUUGUUGCAGCCUGGCCAAAAAGAUGGCCAGACUAAAAUAGUAAACGAUGGAAAUACUAUAAAAGCAUAUAGCUGGUCACAAAAUGAACAAAGGUGGAUAAAGAUCGGUAACGUCAUGGGUGCUUCGGGUGGUACCGUAGCUACAUCUGGAAAACAACUUUACAAUGGCAUAGAGUACGAUUACGUAUUCUCUGUGGAUAUACAAGAUGGUAUUCCUCCAUUAAAAUUGCCCUAUAACAAUGAUCAGGAUCCAUGGCAUGUCGCGCAGAAAUUUCUUCACGAUAACGGUCUUAGUCAAUUGUUUCUAGAUCAGGUUGCAAAUUUUAUAAUAAAAAAUUCUCAAUCUGCACCAGUUACGAAACCUGAUGCUCAAUAUGCUGAUCCUUUCACAGGAGGCAGUAGAUACAUUCCUCAAUCGACAGCAAAUACAGCUUCGCAAGAAUCCACGAGACCAGACACACCAAAUUCCUCAGAUGCAUCCACACCUUCUUAUAUUCCUCAUACAAAAUACCUGAAAUUGGAACAGGCUAAUCUUUCUCAAAUUCUAGAAAAAAUAAAGGAACUAAAUGAUAAACAAAGCGAUUCUCUCAAGCUGUCAAGUGAUAAAUUGGAAUGCUUGGUGAAACUUGUUGGUGACCAAGCACCUGAACAAUUGAAAACCGAUGCCUUGAACACUUUACAAACACUCUUGAAUUGGUCAGAUGAUGUGUUGUUUCCUGUACUCGAUAUUACUAGACUUGCAGUACUCUGUAGAGAAUUGAAUGAUAUACUAUGCACAGAGGAACUUCUGCAGAUUGUAAAGAGGCAUAUCAAAUCCGACGCUCUUCCUUCCAAUCAGAUGCUUACUUUCCGCUUGCUGGCGAACAUGUUCAGUCAUGAAAAAGGAGAAAAAUUAUGUCUUAGUUGUAAAGAUGACAUACUGAAACUUUUAUCGGAGUUGGAAUCACUUACAAACAAAAAUAACCAGGUAGCAAUUUCGACUUAUAUAUUGAAUUUAACCGUGGCUCUAAAUAAAUACAAUGAUGCUCUCGGCAAAACACAAUGUCUGAAUGCAAUGUUCUCAUUGUUACCAUUGUUAAAUGAGCCUGAAGCAGUGUUCAGAACUCUCGUUGCAAUGGGAACACUUUUAAGCACAUCAAAUUCAGAGGAUCAAAAUAAUUUAAUAAAAGCGGUACGACAAUCGGAAGUUGCAUUAAACAUACUUCAAACUAUGUCAGAAACUACAGUUUCAACGAACAAGUUGGCAAAUUGUUCAAAACAGAUAAUUAGUUUAAUUAUUUAAAUAUAUAUAAAAGAUAGAAAAAAAAUUGCAAGAAAAAUGCACGUGGAAUCCAAGAUUCGAACAAUUAAGUAUUGUAAUUAACAAACAUUUUACCAAUAUUGCGUUAAAUAGGUUUCUUAUAUUUUUUGCAAUCUGAUGGUUUAAACAUUAUAAUUAUCUCAUUGCUAAUAAAAGUACAUUUUGCCAUAUUUAA